UAACCCGCAGCGCGCGUUUCUUCUUCCCACCCAGCUGGCGAAAGAUCUAGUGCACCCCUCCUUGGAGGAUGAGAAGAGAAAGCACAAAAAGAAACGGCUGGUGCAGAGCCCGAACUCCUACUUCAUGGAUGUAAAAUGUCCAGGAUGCUACAAGAUCACCACUGUUUUCAGCCAUGCUCAGACAGUAGUUCUGUGUGUAGGGUGCUCAACUGUGCUGUGUCAGCCUACUGGGGGGAAAGCCAGGCUCACAGAAGGCUGUUCAUUUAGAAGAAAGCAACACUGAACACUUCAGCAUGUGGUUUUGUAUCAGUGUUCCUGAAAGCCUUACCAGUU